AUGAGUGCUCUAAGAGAUAAUAGUAUCAAAGUGGAAUUGGAGAUUGAGUGUGACUUAGAUGCUGGUCAGUUGAAUGAAAUGGAGUGGUUUUUGUUAUCAGGUGAAACCCCACGGAAAGAGAAGAGUCACAGGCGUGGUAGCAAAUCGAAACCAUGGAGAAUCGUGGACUUGUGCGCAUGGAUAGGCAGAAAGGGAUAUCAAUCCUUCACUAACCUUUACGCAGACGUGCUGCGGCCACCCUUGGUUGAACCCACUGAAAAUAAGAACUCUGACGAGUUACGAGAACUUAAGAAACUUUUAGAAGAAGUGGAUAGAAGACAAGCACAUCUCGCUGCGGAAAAUGAGAGUAUGAAGGAAGGAAUGAAGAAGAUGAUGAAUCUAAUUGAAAGCCUCGAGGGUAAGCUCAGGAACCACGUCAAGCAGGAAUCAAACGCAGUAUCUCCACCUCCGCCACCACCGCCGCCACCACCACCGCCGCCGCCACCUCCCCCACCGCCUCCGUCGAGACUACCAGUCCGAGCUCACACAAUACCCAGGUGUGGAUCCGCGCCGCCGAGGAUAGCUGGGCCAAGAUUGACAAUCACGCCACAGGACAUAGCUAACGUCAAGUUAAGAAAAACUAAGGUGGGUAAACUUUUAUUCCAUUUAAAUUGCGAAAUUAAGCGUGUUGUGGUCUUUGAACUUCCACUAAUCCUGGUGAUUGCCAGUUCGCCCGUUAUCAUCUAUAUGUUAAUACAUGAAGAAAAUUCACAGGAGCAUAUUUCUAAUAUUUACUGUUUAUAA